CAUCAACCGUGUUUUUUUUUUUUCUUCCCACUAGCCUUGCGCGGCUCAUCAAAACAAUGCGGCGUCGUUGGGUGGCUGAACAGCCUACGAUGGAGAUGUGGUUAGAAGCGGCGCAGGAUUUCGAGUCGGAAGUGGUAACGUGGCUGGCUGAAUUACCGCCGCAGUUUCGGUUUUCUCCAGUGCCGCAGCCGCCAGACGAACCUGAAAAUCCGUUCGUCGUUGCUCAACGAUGUGAAAUCGCUGCUGUGGCCCAUUCCCUCGUCAUGAAAGCGUACUCACCCCUCCUCAAACGUUACCCCUCCCGACCCUAUCAGCCGCCGUCAAGAGAAGCCCAACUCGCUUGUGUGAACGCGGCCCAUAUCAUCGUUCAGGCAUCUCAGGGAAUAGUGAAAGCGUUUGGUGGUUCCAGACCCGCGUCAUAUGUCUUCUACUCCUUCGGUCGGCAGAUCUUUGCGGCAGCGGCUGUCUGCGCCAAUCUCGUCACUCAUGCCCCGGGCGCGAUCACUGCGGAACCGGCCAUGAAAGAUUUGGCAACUGCUCGAGAACUGAUGAGGAAUCCGCACGUUUCCGAUGCGAAACGGCAUGGAUUGGAUUCGUCUGCGCUCAAUCCGGAUAAGGCGUUGCGAGUUGUGGAAUUGCUGUACGCUAAAGCGGAGGAGGCUUUGAGAAGUGGAGUACCGCUUUUGGGAGGAAGAGGAGGACAUGGGGGUAGCGAUGGAGAGCAACCACUUCCUGUAGGAUUCACCCUUCCGUUUAUGGGUGGCUCGUUGGCGACAGGCCCUGGGUUGCCUAAAGUUGAGCCAGCUAGUACUGAACACGGGGAUGAUGUCAUGCAGUCUACUUCGCCUGUUCGUAUGUCCUCGGGUCGUGGUAGAUUACGAUCUUCCGCUACUGCUAGCAGAAGAGGAGUGGAAGGAGCAGAGGAGAGAAUGUUGACGAGAUCUAGUGGUCGCGCCUCGACGCGUGCUGCUAGUGUUGUUGAUAGGACUGAGGUCGCUUCUAUCCCUCUCACUGUGAAUGGGUCCAAGACGCCUAGGGCACGAAAGCCCCGAAAAACAUCCGCAUAUCCUUCUGUCGGAUUUCGUAAUAGGAAGAAUGGUCCUCCUACAGUGAAAUCCUUAGCUAUAGAGUCUAUGGCUUCUGGUUCAACGGGUUCGACUCAUCUUUCAGGUCCAACUGUUACGGGCGAGAUCGAUGCUCCAGGCGUUCCGAGUGGUGGGCCACCUCUCCCAGCGCCACAGCAGACCCAGCUGCUGCCGCCACCCCAACCGCCGCAUCCAGGCAGCUUCAACAUGGGACUGAUUGCUAUGCCGCCGACGUCCAGCGUGGGGCCCGAGACCCUAGUUGGCGUUGCCAGCCCAUUCCGCCCUCCGGUGCAUCUACCUCCUGUUCACCACGAACAACCUCGAUCUCACCAUGGAUCUCCAGCCCCGGGCCCAAGAUCGUCAAUGGAGCGGCGUGGUUCGAUGAGUUCGUCUGGAUUCGAUUCGGGUGCGUAUGCGAUUCCUUCGGAUAGGCAGUAUCACCACUAUCAUGAUGGAGCUCCCCGUGGAACGUCAUACCCUACGGAAUAUGAAACACCAACUACUUCCUCUACCAGUUCUGGAUAUUAUCCCUCGUCGUAUGGAGCUGGGGCGCCCACAUCUAGUCCGUAUCAUCAUCAUCCGUCAUCGGAUCCCCAUCACGAGGUAUUGGGAACUACGAUACCUGGGUCCGGAGGAAGAGGAACUCCCGUCUCUCGUGGUGGUGGUGCAAAUUCUCCGUUUACGUCUAUGGUGCCUCCCCCGCAUGCACAACCCACUGUUCAUCAUUACCACGGACCUACUUUCGAUGCACAUUCGAGCGGUGGUCGACCGUCGUUGAGGUCGCCGCAUGAUUCUUACGGGUAUAGUUCUCCUGGUGCUGUGACCGCGCCAGCAGCAGAAGAUCACCGAUUGAGGUAUAGUGACGUUGAUAUAAAGCCUUCUGGUGUCACUUCAUAUGGGUAUGAGGGUGGGCGAGAAGGGAGAACCAAUAUAAAUGCAGUGGAAGGAAGCAGGAGUCAUGGCGGUCAUCAUAGGUCGAGUGCAUCUCCGCCUCAGGGCCAACAACCACACCAUCAUUCUCAGCUCCAGCAGCCGCAUCCUCACCUUCAAACGCAUCAUUCUCAUUCACAGCCGUACCAACCACAUCAACAACACCACCAGCCACGCCAUGUCCCAAGCUCCCCUGGACCCCAUACAUCGCUUUAUGGAAAUGGAAUGCAGCCUGCCCAAUCUCAAGGUGCUGCGACAUCUCCUUGGAGUGAAAGCCCCGCGUAUGGUACCGGCGGAUCCUGGACGGAUUAUGGAUUCUGAAACCGCCUGCUUAUCCGUUACUCGUGACUUUUCCAAUUUGCGUUCCCCAACCCCCCCUUUCGCACGAAUAGUUGUGCAUUUCUUUUUUGUGAAGCAAUUAACUUUGCUCGGAUACCGACCCCCCUCCCCCCUUCCCCGCCAAAAAAAAGGAAAAGUCCACGAGCCCCAUCUUACUACGUCUAUCCUCAUCAUUUGUUUUUCUUUUGGUUAAGCAUCGCGUCUCUUUCCCCCCCAAUUAUUCCUCAUAUAUCACAUCGCAUUGCAUUGCUUUCACGAUUUCUUCCUCAACUCUUAUCCCUCUGUCACAUUGCACAUCACGCCAGUUUUGGCCUGCUGCGGCUCCUUUUUUUUUUCAAUAUGCUUUCAAUCUGUACCCUACACAUUUCGAUCU